CUUCCACAGCUAGCUGUAACCGGCUAGCGAGUCUGUUGACGACUCGAGUUGACACCCUCCCCAAACCUCGGCAGCAGCUAAGCUGCACAGUCGACAUGGCAAGAAAAUAUCGCAACAAUUUCCUAAAGAAAGAUGAAAAUCUUCCAAGUCUUUUGGAAUGAUAUUCAUCACGCGAUGUGAUACAAAAUCCACAAUGUGUGAGGACAUUUAAGAACAAUUGAGUUCGGAAGAAAAAUUCUUGAUUCCAGUGGAAUCUUUCAUAUAUAUUAUUAUUAGUUUUUUUCUCUGUGUUAAAGCUUAAAUACAUUUACACCCACUCGUCCCAUCAACAUAUAACCAUGCCAGUGCAAGCACCACAAUGGACAGAGUUCCUGCUGUGCCCCAUCUGCACGCAGACAUUUGAGGAGACUGUUCGCCGGCCCAUCAGCUUGGGCUGUGGACAUACUGUCUGCAAGAUGUGCCUGAACAAGUUGCACCGUAAGGCCUGUCCCUUUGACCAGACAGCCAUCAGCACAGACAUCGAGCAGCUACCUGUCAACACAGCCCUGUUGCAGCUGGUGGGAGGCCAGGUUCCUAAGGCUCAGCCAGUUGCCUUGAUUACCAGUCCAGAGGACUCGCAGCAUUAUGAGGAGGCCCGGCAGUGUGUGGAGGAGCUGGCCCUCUACCUCAAACCUCUCAGCAACACCAGAGGUGUGGGCCUGAGCAGCACGGCCCAGAGCAUGCUGAGUCGACCUAUGCAGAGGAAACUAGUAACUCUGGUCCACUGCCAGCUGGUUGAGGAGGAGGGUCGCGUUAGAGCCAUGAGAGCUGCCCGCUCUCUGGGUGAGCGAACCGUCACCGAACUCAUCUUGCAGCACCAGAAUCCACAGCAGCUCUCCUCCAAUCUGUGGGCCGCUGUGCGUGCACGAGGAUGUCAGUUUCUUGGCCCAGCCAUGCAGGAGGAAGCUCUAAAGUUGGUUCUUCUUGCUCUAGAGGAUGGCUCUGCUCUGUCCAGGAAGGUGUUGGUUCUCUUUGUGGUCCAGAGACUUGAGCCACGCUUCCCGCAGGCUUCUAAGACUAGCAUAGGCCAUGUGGUGCAGCUCCUCUACAGGGCCUCCUGCUUCAAGGUGACCAAACGUGAUGAAGAUUCAUCCCUGAUGCAGCUGAAAGAGGAGUUCCGUACUUACGAGGCUCUGCGGCGCGAGCAUGACUCUCAGAUAGUUCAGAUUGCCAUGGAGGGUGGGCUGCGCAUCGCACCUGACCAGUGGUCUUCUCUGUUAUAUGGAGAUCAAUCUCACAAGUCACACAUGCAGUCUAUCAUAGAUAAGCUGCAGACCCCAGCGUCUUUUGCUCAGAGUGUCCAGGAGCUGACGAUUGCCCUGCAGAGGACCGGAGACCCAGCCAACCUCAACAGGCUGCGGCCCCACCUGGAACUACUGGCCAACAUUGAUCCCAGUCCUGAUGCUCCCCCUCCCACAUGGGAGCAGCUUGAGAAAGGGUUGGUAGCAGUGAAAACAGUGGUGCAUGGCCUGGUGGACUUCAUCCAGAACCACAGCAAGAAAGGAGCUGACCCUCAACAGCCUCCUCAGCACAGCAAGUAUAAGACAUACAUGUGUCGUGACAUGAAGCAGAAGGGAGGCUGUCCUCGAGGAGCCAGCUGCACCUUUGCUCAUUCUCAGGAAGAACUGGAGAAGUAUCGUAAAAUGAAUAAGCGUCUGGCAGCGCGCCUCCCUGGCUCAGGAGGGCUCAUGCCAGAUGAGGGCCUUCCUCUCGAUGUAGCAGUCACCCGGAAGCCUUCACCCCUCACCAACGGUAGUGGUGGACACUCUUUGCCCCAGCUCAUUGCCCGUGGCACCGACACAGUCCCAUAUGAACUGUUGCGUAAACCCAUGAAGAUGGAUGGAGGGAGUCCCAGUGCCCCAGGAUCACCACCUGAUGGCAUGGACCCUGGGCUACCCAAACCUGGUAUGCCUCUGCCACCUCAUGCCAUGGCCCACCAAAGGAUGUCAGUGGACCACCUCUCUGGGGUGAAGCACAUGCCUGUGGUAGCCAGAGGUUCACCGGUGUAUACCCAGCCACCGCACCCUGAGAUGUGCUAUGACACCCGCCCACCACCUUCUGCUUCUCAGUAUGACCCCCCACAAUACCCCACAGGGUACCCCUACCAACAGCCACCACAGUAUGUCCCCCGGGAUUACAUGCGUAACCCUCCUCCCCCCAGUGAGUCAGGACCCCCUUACCAGGACCCCUACCCUGGCUACGGCCCUCCAGAGCGCCCCUACCAGGCCCCUCACUCUGGUCCACCUUUCUCUUACCCUCACCCUCAACACCAUGACCGAGGUCGCCACGGGACCUACACUGGCCCACCACCUCCCCCACAGCCUUACCCAUCUCAGAGGGAUGGCCUGGUCAGAAUGAGUCCCGCACCUCUGGAUAUGCCCCCACCAUCAGCAGGACAGGCUAACUCCCUUUAUCACCAGGAGCCUAGUGCCCGUGAUAGAUACCCUCCAGAUGGUUACUAUACACAGAAUGCCCAGCCUCCACCCAUGAGGGCUUAUGGCAGGGGGCCAUCAUAUAGUGGUUCACAGCCCAGCCUGGACUACCUGCACAGACGUCGGCAGGAGCUGUUAUCCCAGCUGGAGGAAAGGAAAGUCAUCUCCCCUCCACCAUUCGCUGCCUCCCCCGUUUCUCAUCCGUUCCCCAGCGACUACCCUCCAGAGUAUGGCGAGGAGAGCUCCAAAAACAUGGUGAAAUGCAGAGAGCCUGACUAUGCAGGGCAGUACUCUCCCUGGUCUUGUGAAACCAUUGGCUCCUACAUUGGCACAAAGGAUGCCAAACCCAAAGACGUUAUGGUUCCUGGUACCAUGGACAUGAUGAAUGCGGAGGCUAAGGGUCUGAGGGAACCAUCGCUGGAGGCUCCUCGGAGGGGUGCAGAAGUCAAAGACGAUGACCCUAUUAUCCCAUUUGGCCCCCAGCCUACUGUGUCACGCUUCGGUGCCAUCUCCCGCACCUCAAAGAUGGGCUACCAGACCACAGGCCCUGUGCAGGCUAUGGCCUCCACGCCCCAGAACCCAAGCUCUAAACAUAUGGCCAUGUCAGAAUACACAUAUGGGAGCCAUGGAGGAUGGGGUGGAGCUUCAUACCCCUCCCACCAGACUGCCUCCUCCUCUCAGGGACAUUUCAGUGAGCGCCUUCCUAUGGCAGCCCCAGACAGAGAACAGUUAAAGAUUGAGCUGCAACAGGUCAACCAGCAGAUCAACCAACAGACCCAAAUGCGAAGCAUGGAGGCUGCCAGUAACUCUUUACUGCUGCAGAGGGAGGCCAGUGCAUUGGCAGGCCAGCCUGGGCAGCCCAGCCAGGGCCAGGUGUCAGUAGCGCAGCAGCAGGCCAAGUGGCCAGCAGGGGGAGCAAGUACAACAGCAGUCUCCAGUGAACAGCUAAGCAUGGAGCUCCACCAGGUGGAGAGAGAGAUUGGCAAGAGGACCCGUGAGAUGGCUUUGCAGGAAAACCAAGUAGCCCAUGAUGUUCAGCAGUACAAGAUGAAAACGGCAGAGAAUGGACAACCAGAGCACAAAACUCAGCUGGAAGAAAUCUCCCUGGCCCUUGGCGAGGUGUCAAAUGGCUCCAGCAGUCUGCAAGAAAGUGCAGUGGGCGGGUCCAUGCUGUCACUGACCAAUAAGACGUCUGCAAUGAGCCUGUGCUCUGAUCCAGGUGCCACUGGGUCAGAGAUGCAGAAGAAUGGCGUCGUCCAUUCCUGCUCUUAGGCAGUACACACUUACACAGACACAUACAUACACACACGCACACACUCAAGAUGCUCAAUUGAAAAGCAUGCACAGGCACACAUACACCCAUUCUAUUUAGAAGAUGAGCAGUAUCUGCCGUGAUAUGAAUUUUCUUUCUUUUUGUUCUGUGAAUGAGCUUUUUUUAAUGACUUUCCUUGCCUGGAAACCAGAGCAUAUGAUAACAUUUCUUGUGUGUGUUUAAUUAUUUUCUUUUUUUUUUUGUACUGGGAUUAUAGAUUAACAAGGCUCACAA